AUGGGGAUGUGGAUACAGUGGGCUCCUAGAAGCCCAAAGAAAGUGGUCAUGGUACCAGGUCAUGUCUGUUUUGGCCACGGUGCUUCCAAAACGUCCAGUGGGGAGAAUCCUCCACCUCAGACUUCAUGUGUCCAGGCCCAAGGUCAAGAAUGUAUUAUUUCUCUGCAAAGAUUGUUUGAUUUUUGCCACUCCUCCAUUUACAUGAUUGUUUUACUCUGGAAGUUUGUCAUCUCAGAGUGUAACAUUGUGCUCUCUGAGGAACCACUUGAAUCUGUUUUGUUUGCAUCUUUUGUUACUUUUUGGCAGCUGCACUUUAUGCUCUUUGCAACUGUUUUAAUUAUGGGAACCACAUGCCAUUGA